CCUAGGUCCGCGUAAGUGCUGCCAUUACCCUCCGCAGUGCCCACGACCAGAGAGGGCAUUUUCUCGAACAGAAAGUUUCUGAAACGCUUCAUUGCCAAAGCCUGUUAUACUACACAUUUUCAGGAUCUUAUGAGCCUACGUGCAUUUUAGGUAGGCCCGUGAAUUCCUUGUCGGGGGGGGGUUAUAUGUACUCCACCACAAAACUUUUUCUUCAUUUUAAGUAUUGUGUCUUUUUACUGCCAGUAUAUACGUCUUUAUUUUCCUGUAAAUAUUCUUAUGAUUCCCUAUUUUUUUCGCUCACAUUUCAGCGCUUUCCAUCACUCAACAGAUACAUGGAGUGAUAUGUACUAGUUAUGUCGUAGCCCGGCCAUACAUAACGUUUACUGCCAGUGGAACCUGUACCAAGUUUUACCGUGUACAGUCUCUGCGGACACAAAAACAACUUUAUCCAACUCACUCGGCGUAGCCGCGUAUUGAUGUUAAAGCCCGGAGCUGUACACGUUGCAACAUACCCACGUUUCAAAACAUGACAAGACAGGCCUCUUUUUUUUGUUUCGUACUUUUUUUUUUUCCUUCCCUCUCUACGUCACAUGACUGAAUCGUGUCCUGGCGUCAUCGCCCUUCGCGGAAGUCAGUAGCAUCGGCGAUGGUGGCGGCCUCUUCAGCCUAGCAGCAGGAAGAGGAUGUUUGCUUCCAGCGAAAGAAUAAUAUCACCCGAUCGCGAGUCUUAACAUAACAGAGUAAACCGCCGUACAGCUUUUCCGCUGAGCUUGCUGGGAUUUAGACAGCUCAUUCCUUCACCCGGAGCCGGCUUCUGUGAGCCUGAAGCACGGCGCUGCUGGAUAAGAUGUCCCUGUUCCAGUCGGCACUGGAUUUCCUAGCCGGGCCCGGCUCGUCCGGAGCGGCCAGCCGGGAUCAGAAUGACUUCGUCGGACAGGUCGUUGAGCUGGGUGACAUGAAACUGAGGAUCAGGAGGGUGAUCGCGGAAGGUGGAUUUGCCUUUGUGUAUGAAGCCCAGGACAUGAGCAGUGGUAAAGACUAUGCCCUCAAGAGGCUGUUGUCCAAUGAGGAGGAGAAGAACAAGGAAAUUAUACAGGAAGUCUGCUUCAUGAAAAAGCUGUCAGGUCAUCCCAAUAUGGUCCAGUUCUGCUCUGCUGCUUCCAUCAGCAAGGAGGAGUCAGACACCGGACAGGCCGAGUUCCUGAUCCUCACUGAACUGUGUCAAGGUCAGCUGGUGGACUUUAUAAAGCGGGUGGAGCAGAGGGCUCCGCUGUCAUGUGACACGGUGCUGAAGAUCUUCUACCAGACGUGUCGUGCCGUGCAGCACAUGCACAAACAGAAACCUCCAGUCAUACACAGAGACCUCAAGAUUGAGAACCUCUUGAUUAGUAACCAGGGCACCAUCAAGCUUUGUGACUUUGGCAGCGCCACCACAGUGUCACAUUACCCUGACUACAGCUGGUCAGCACAGAAGAGGUCCAUGGUGGAGGAUGAGAUCACAAGGAACACCACUCCAGCGUACCGAACGCCUGAGAUGAUUGAUCUCUAUUCCAACUUCCCCAUCAAUGAGAAACAGGACAUCUGGGCCCUUGGGUGCAUCCUCUACCUGUUGUGUUUCAAGCAGCACCCAUUUGAGGAGGGGGCCAAGCUGCAAAUCGUCAAUGGGAAAUACUCCAUCCCACAGAAUGAUGUCAAGUACACUGUGUAUCACGACCUCAUUCGUUCCAUGUUGAAGGUGAACCCAGAGGAGCGUCUGUCUAUUACAGAGUUGGUGAACCAGCUCCAGGAGAUAGCAGCGGCACGCAACGUCAACUCCAAGUCUCCUAUUACAGAGCUGCUGGAGCAGAAUGGAGGUUUUGGCAACAAUGGAGCUCAGCCGCCCAUGCAGAUCCACAACAUUCACAACAAUGCAGCAGGCAUGUACGAUCCUGAUCAGUCAGGCAGUGGCAUCUUGGAUAUCUUGAGGGGAGGAACAGAGCGCUUCCUGACCAACAUAAAGGACACUUCCUCUAAGGUCAUCCAGUCAGUGGCCAGCAACCCAAGCUAUGCCAAAGGGGACCUGGAUAUUUCAUACAUCACCUCCAGAAUAGCAGUCAUGUCCUUCCCAGCAGAGGGGGUGGAGUCAGCGAUAAAGAACAACAUUGAGGACGUCCGUCUGUUCCUGGAUUCACGUCAUGCUGGCCACUAUGCUGUCUACAACCUCUGCAAACGAUCAUACAGGCCUUCUCGAUUCCACAACAGGGUUUCAGAGUGUAACUGGCAGGUUCGCCGUGCCCCCAACCUCCGCAGUCUCUACAGUGUGUGUAAGAACAUGCAUCUAUGGCUCAAACAAGACCAGAGGAAUAUAUGUAUAGUACACUGUCUGGAUGGCAGGGCAGCAUCAGCAGUGGCAGUUUGCUCCUUCCUGUGUUUCUGUCGCCUAUUCACCACAGCUGAGGCUGCUGUCUACAUGUUCUCAAUGAAACGCUGCCCACCUGGCAUAGCACCCUCACACAAGAGGUAUAUUGAGUAUAUGUGUGACAUGAUGGCAGAGGAGCCCAUCAUCCCCCACAGCAAGCCCAUAAUAAUUCGCUCCAUCAUCAUGACACCUGUACCGCUGUUCAACAAGCAGCGUAAUGGGUGCAGGCCGUUCUGCGAAGUUUACGUCGGAGACGAGAGGGUCCUCACCACAUCACAGGAGUACGACAAAAUGAAGGAUUUUAAGACAGAGGAUGGGAGAGCGGAGAUUCCCCUCAAUGUGACAGUCCAAGGUGAUGUACUGGUGGUGAUCUAUCAUGCAAGAUCUACACUAGGAGGACGUCUACAGGCUAAGAUGGCAUCCAUGAAAAUGUUUCAGAUCCAGUUCCACACAGGCUUUGUGCCCAGAAAUGCGACCACUGUCAAGUUUGCCAAGUAUGACUUGGAUGCCUGUGACAUUCAGGAGAAGUACCCGGACUUGUUCCAGGUCAACUUGGACAUUGAGGUGGAACCCAGGGACAGACCCAGCACUAAGACCCCUCCAUGGGAGGGCUUCCAAACCAAGGGCCUCAACCCCAAAAUCCUUUUCUCCUCUCGUGACGAACAGCAGGAGAUCCUCAGCAAAUUUGGUAAGCCGGAGCUGCCUCGUCAGCCAGGUUCCUCAGCAUUUUAUGACUCCGAGUCGCCCCAGCCGGUUCAGGCUCCAGAAGUCCCCAAUGCAACAGAACCAGAAUCUCCCGUGAGCACCGAUUCCAAUGCCAACAACUUCUUCCAGACACUGGAUUGGGAAGAUGUGGGUGGCCCUCAGGAUACCUCAGACAGUCAAGGAGGGGGAUCCAUGAAUGACCAGGAGGACUUGAGUGAUCAAUCAGAAGGAGAGUCCUACUCCUAUUCUGCCCCUAGUGUGGAGCCACUGUCACGUGACCCCAGCGAACCACUGUUUGAUGCUGACUUCGAGACCUCCCCUCCUGCAGCCCAGGAACCUCCUAUUGGUGACACAGCCGAUCUCUUGGGGUUGAACUCUGACCCUGAACCUCCUUCCUUGUCCGCAACCACCACCUCUGCUCCUCACCAAGGAGUCCAAGGAGGAAUGAAAGCCGCAUCCAGCAACAGCGACCUCCUCAACGAUCUGUUUGCACCACCUGCUGGUCAGACAGGGGCAGUACAGGAGGACUUGUUCUUCAGUGGGCCAACCAGUGGGGCCACACCAGACUCAAAACCGAUGGGCGACCUGUUUGAUCCGUUCGGGAUGGGGUCUGGCUCUGGUGUUGGCUCCAGCUUGGGUUCAUCCCGGCAGGCCUCCGGACCGGACCUGUUUGGAGACUUGUUGGGUACUGAUAGUUCAGCCACCAGCGGGUUCAGUUCGGCUCACAGUAACCCCCCUCCUGCUUCCAACACCAGCCUCUUCAACCUCAAUAAGCUAGUAAAUGAUGCCCCUAAGAUGACAUCAUCAGCCAGCCAACCAGACCUGCUGGGUGGCUGGGACAACUGGGCGGCUGGCACCACCGCUGGCAUGACCACCUCCACCAGCAAACCCAACUAUACCAACACAGCUUCUGGUGUUUCAUCCAUGUCAAAGGCCAAGUCUCAGACCUUUGAUCCUUUUGCCGACCUAGGAAACCUGGGCUCCACUUUACCAGGUUCCUCCAGCAGUAAUUUUUCCGGGCCUUCUUUUAGCACAAAGGCUCCUUCCUCUUCUGCUUCCUCCUCGGCUAAGCCUCAAGCCCAGCCAUGGCAAUCUGGAAGACCAACCUCGGCCCAGAACAAACCUUGGAUGCUGGCAUCAGGAUCGGGAUCCGCACCCAAAGCAUCCUCAGCGUCUCAGCCUGCGGGCACACAGCCCACAAAACCCAACUACAACCUCAGCUUCUCUAGUGUCAUUGGUGGGAGAGAGGAGAGAGGAGUUCGUGGGCCCGGAUUUGGCCCCAAGCCAAAGGUAAAGGAGGAUGAUUUUGAGGACCUUCUGUCAACUCAGGGUUUUGCCUCUAAGCUUGAUAAGAAGGGACCAAGGACCAUUGCUGAAAUGAGAAGACAAGAGAUCACAAAAGACAUGGAUCCACUUAAACUGCAGAUCUUAGACUGGAUUGAAGGGAAGGAGAGAAACAUCCGAGCACUGCUGUCAACCCUGCACACGGUGCUGUGGGAGGGCGAAACCCGCUGGAAGCCCGUGGGCAUGGCUGACCUGGUGACACCCGACCAUGUGAAGAAGUACUACAGAAAGGCUGUGCUGGUUGUACAUCCAGAUAAGGCAACAGGCCAGCCUUAUGAACAGUACGCUAAAAUGAUCUUUAUGGAAUUGAACGACGCCUGGUCAGAGUUCGAGAACCAGGGAUCCAAAGCACUCUUCUAAAACCCUGGUCUGGAUCCCAGCUAGACCAGACCAGACCAGACUGGACUGGAUUUGGCCUAACCAAACAAGGGUUAGACUGGGCCAGAUUAGACAGGACUGAGCCCACAUUGGGCCUUAGGGGGCAAAUAGCCUCUGAGAGGUGUCCUCUCUACCAUUCCCCUCACUCCUUUCUUCCUACAUUAUGUUCUUCUGUUUCUACAGUCAAGGAAAAAGACCUUUUGCCUCGUGCCUGGCUGUGGUGAAAGUUUCUCACUGGUUCACAAACUGCCAGUUAAAUGUCGUGAUCGUUCUUAAACUCACUGCCUACCUGUACGACUGCCUGAGUGGUGCUGCAAAGGAGGGAGGAAUGGGUGACAAUCACACGAAGAAGACGAGUUGGGAAAGAAAUCGGAUAACACAAGGACUUUUGAAAUUACCAAGAUGAUUAUAAUGGGAGUGGUUUCAGAUAAAAAAGAUUUACUGAUCCUACACUAAUAAAAAACUGGUAAGUUUUUGCUGCGGCUGGUAGGUUGUUUUUUUUCAUAUGUGCCUGGCACUUUUGCAAACAACCAGUCAUUUAGCUGACUGGUUUAAAAAAAAAAAAAAAAAAA